UUGAACAAUGCAGCUUGACGGAUGGCCGCCGAGUACUCGCGUGAACCGGGGUGAAAGAUAUCGCGGGCGCUGAGCCGUCAACCGAUGGGUGACAGGAAUCGAUGGGCGCUGGAACUGAAAGAACAGGAUCACCGAAGCCAUCGGGAUAUGGCCCUUGCUGCUUCCCGCAAUUGUAGUAACCGGACCUGUUACCGGGCCUGGGAAUUUCAUCAAACUGGCAUAUAGCGCCCACUCGCUUCGACCUUCAAAUAUAAAGGAGACACGGACAAGGAAUGCUUCCCUUCUCUCAUGGAUCUUUCUCUCCCGCGGUCCCAGGCCCGAGCAAGCGAUACCUUUGCUCCACCGCCCUUGGAUGGAUCCUUGUCGCUCCCCGAGAUAUAUGACUAUAAUGCGUCCCACAGUCCGGACCAUCUCGUCUUCGUGUACGAGGACGAACAGGGCGUCAAGAAAGUUGUCUGGUCGCAACUGGGCCAGGCGAUGCACAGAGCCGCGUCAGUGGUACGGAGGAACUUGAAGGAGCAGCAUCUCAACACUUCGACAGUGGUCGCGAUACUGGCGAAUGUAGACAUCUUCAGCUACUUUACGACGAUAAUGGGCAUCUUACGCGCGGGCCAGCAGGCAUUCCCUAUAUCGACCGUGACCACCACGCCUGCUGGUAUCGCCCAUCUGCUGCAGCAUACACGCGCCAAAUACCUGCUUGUCGGUGUUGAUCCGGUAUCGCAAGCCCUGGCCUGUGCUGCACUCCAGGUGCCGUCCAUUGGUGGGACUAUUGGAGAUAACGUUAAAGCCGCUCCAAUGCCCUCCUUCGAGGAACUAUUCUCAGAACCCGAAUACGAGCGCGAACCCGUGCCUCCAAUUCAUCCGCGACAAACUGAUCCAUGCCUCAUAUUGCCAUCUUCUGGUACAACUGAGUUCCCGAAGCCGAUUAUCAUAACACAUCAUGCUAUGCUACAAUGGAAUUGGGUUCCAUAUUGCGGUACAACGGAUCUCUGUGGCCACCUUCUCUCGGCCCAUGCUCUCUCGAUGACUCAUAUCCUGGGCGCUACCAUGCUGUCAUGGACGGCAAGUACGGGUAUGGCGGUGGCGGGAUUUUCACCAUGGCGCAGCCCUGCACCUCCUGACGCGGAUGCCGUGAUAUCUGGGGUCGUCAAGACGUCCGCGACAUUGCUGUGUACUGUUCCGUCGAUGAUAGAGACAUGGGCCAGGAAUCCUGACUAUGUUUCAGCAUUGAAAAAACUGUUUGCCGUGACCUAUGCCGGCUCAACUUUGGACAGACAAAUCGGAGAUUUCCUUGCAAGUCAUGGCGUGAAUGUGGUCAACCUCUAUGGAACAACAGAAGUUGGCUGUGGUUCCGAGUUCCUUCCAGACGACCUUGACCCAAGUCGUUGCACGUACUUCAAGUUCUCCCCCCAUAGCACUCCCAAAUUCAUACCAUUCAGUGAAAAUGUUUAUCAUCUGCUCUUCACUAAUACAUCAAAACAUCCGUUACACGUAGUAAAUACGGAGUCGAGCGGCGUGAAAUAUUUCGAUACUCAUGAUCUUGUCAUCCGCCACCCCACCAAUCCUGAUCUCUGGAAAGUCUACGGGCGAACCGCUGACAUCAUCGCAUAUACCAAUGGCGAAAAGCAGACCAAUCCUGUGCCGAUAGAACAGGCCAUAUCAAAGCAUCCAAUGAUUGAUCGUUGUGUAAUGUUCGGGAAAGGAAGACCUCAUCCGGGGCUUGUUGUCGAGCCCUCUCGAGAAUAUGCAGUUGAUAUCAAAGACGGGGAUCUUGUCAGCGAAUACGUUGACGCCAUAUGGCCUCACGUGGAGGAAGUAAAUGAAUCCUUACCGGAGUAUUCAAGAAUAACAAGAGAAAUGAUCAUUAUUACUGACCCGGCGAAGCCUUUUCAAUACUCGCAGAAACUGACGCUGCGGAGGUUCGCAGUUCUGCAGGAUUAUAAUGAUGAAAUAAACCAGGCGUAUCAGUCUACAGAGGUCGCGCAGCCUUUGCAUCGUCCUGAGAUGUGGGAGCAAGAGCACUUUUUGAAGCUAGCGAGAGCGGCUGUCGAAAAGUAUAUGCCUUGCUCGCUUGGGGAUGACGAUGACCUAUUCCAAGCGGGAUGUGACAGUUUGCAGGCGACAUGGAUCCGAAACAUGAUCUUCCACUUCCUCCAUCGAUCACUAAAAAUAUCGACAAGGAAUAUACCCCAUACUCUUGUGUACUCUAACCCAACUAUUCGACGAUUGGGUACCUACAUUUGGCAGGUGAUUCAGUAUGGCCAUGCCUCAGUCGCUCUGUCCACCCUUUCUGGAAAGAUAGCCGAGAUGGAGGCAUUGGUGAGGAAGUACACAAGUGACUUUCCCGUGCACCGUCCGGGUCUGGGUCCGAGUGAGAGAGGCAACGACGUAGUUCUGGUAACAGGGACUACCGGAGCCUUGGGAGCGUAUAUUUUGGAUGCGCUGAUCAAUGAUCCAACAGUCACACGUGUGUAUGCGCUGAAUCGCGGGGACACGAAGGGUGCGAGGUCUGUUUAUAUCAGACAUGUGGACAGUUUCCGGGAGAGGGAACUGGAUUGGGCGCUGUUGAAUUCAGAUAAACUGGUUUUGCUGGAGGCGGAUUUGACGGUGGAGGGUUUUGGCCUUGAGGAACAGGUGUAUGAGGAGAUCCGGAGGGAUGUGACGUGUAUCAUUCAUAGUGCUUGGCUUCGGAACUAUGCUGUUUCAUUGUCGACACUGGAGCCGUUAAUUUCGGGAACGCGAAGAUUAAUCAAUUUAGCGCUGGGCUCGCCGCAUAACGUACCGCCGUCAUUUGUUUUCGUCAGCUCAUUAUUGGUUUUCAGUAGCUGGAAUCCUCGACAGUUAGCGCCAGAGGCAGUGAAUUCGCGUCCGGCGACAGCCAUAGGCUGGGGAUACACCGAGUCGAAAUGGGUAGCAGAGAGUGUUCUGGCAAGGGCGGCAGAGACGACUCCGUUACGCAUCUCUGUGGCUCGUUUGGGACAGCUUAGUGGAGGAUCUAAUGGGUGUUGGAGCCCUAAGGAGUGGUUCCCCCUCCUGGUGAGAUCCGGUCAAGUCGUCGGCUGCAUACCACAGCUUAAUGGUGUUCUCAGCUGGAUGCCUGUCCACCUAGCUGCCCGAGCUAUUGUCGAAGUGCGGCAUAGUGGUGAACCAUAUAUGAAUAUGACACGUCCGAAUCCCGUGGACGCAUUGGAGAUAUUCCGGAUGGUUAGUGAGGAACUAGGUGUGCCUAUAGUGCCUUACCCCGAAUGGUUAGCUGCAUUGGAAGCGUCUGUGAGGUCGGGGGAGACAGCGAGUCAUAUACCGUCGCUGGCAAUGAUGGAGUUCUAUCGGUCAGCUUAUAGGCCGCUGGGAAGCCAGAACUGCGAUGCGGUUGGGUUUACGCUUGGUGAGACGUGGAGAGCGGUGUGGGCAUCCCCAUCGAUGCGUAGUUUGGUGUUUCAGACGAUCGAGAAGGGAGAUGUGGAUUCAUGGAUGAGAUAUUGGAGGAAGGUGGGGCUUCUUACGCCUUGACUAGUGUUGGGUUUUCUUUGGGGACUUGUACUGGAGCAUGGACUUGACACCUGUACUUGGGACAUAUUGCACUUAUAUAAGUUAUCCAUAGUAGAAACGCUUGAACCAUUCUGUGAUCGUUGGACUCUGGGCUCUUUGCAUGUUAUGAUUCUGCUCAUCUAUAGCGGCAAGUUGCAUAGAAGGAUUAGUAUGUG